CAACCCCGGAUGGAACUCGGGACUUCCGGUACCUAAUCUAGACGUGGUAGCAAGAUACGUUUAUUUAUUUAUUUACUUCUUUUCCCAACCAGGGAGCGUUGUCAGCAAAACGAGAACCUAAAAGUUUUAGCCAGGGAUUCUGGUUGGAAACAGUGCAAUGUGCAUGUAGCUGGUGUGGGUUAGGUCCGGCUGAACCGCGGUAGUCCUGUCUGGCUCAACUCCCUCUGCCUGUCCGCGGAUGUGAGCAGCAGCAGGCAGCAGCUCCGGUUGUCUUCCUUUAUCCAGCAGACUCAACCGGAAUGAGAAAGGGGUAGCGCAGACAGCUGGUGUUGGAUUCACUUCUAGCCACAGUCAAUAAUUCUGGGAGAAGAAUGAAUUUACUGCCCUCGAAUCCUCAUGGAAAUGGGCUUCUUUAUGCUGGAUUUAACCAGGAUCAAGGAUGCUUCGCUUGUGGGAUGGAGAAUGGAUUUCGUGUCUAUAACACAGAUCCUCUCAAAGAGAAGGAGAAGCAAGAGACGUGUCCUUCAGAGCUCAGUCAGCUUGGCUGCAUGUCUGCUGAGGGACCUGAUGGACCCCAACAGAUGGAAUUCCUGGAAGGUGGAAUUGGCCACGUGGAGAUGCUGUUUAGGUGUAACUACCUAGCACUCGUGGGAGGUGGAAAGAAACCCAAGUACCCCACUAACAAAG